UCUGACACGUCCUUACGUGCGAACUUCACCUUGGUCAAUUACGACCUCCAUUCAUCCUUCGUCCCAUCAAAAUACAGAUUUUAUCAUCAUUUUCAACGAUUAUUACCGAAAAACGCACUUAAAACCCUUUCAGUAGGCCUACAAGUGUAUUGUUUUAGUAUCUAAGUGUAAAACUGUGGUAUAAAUAUUGAAAAUGGCGUUGAAAUCGUCGCCGGUUGUGUUCGGUUUGCUGGCUCGGCUGUCUCGCCGUAGUUUUUCGACUUCCAAGGCUUUGGCGGCGAAGCCUGUGACUGUCCGUGAUGCCCUGAACCAGGCAAUCGACGAAGAGAUGGAAAAAGACGAGAGGGUGUUUGUUUUGGGCGAAGAAGUGGCUCAAUACGACGGCGCUUACAAAGUCACAAGGGGUCUAUGGAAGAAGUAUGGUGACAAGAGAGUGAUCGACACUCCUAUCACAGAGGCUGGCUUUGCGGGCAUUGCCGUGGGCGCUGCGUUCGCCGGCCUCAGGCCCAUAUGCGAGUUCAUGACCUUCAACUUUUCUAUGCAGGCCAUAGAUCAUGUGAUAAACUCAGCGGCCAAGACGUACUACAUGUCGGCGGGACAAGUGCCUGUCCCGAUAGUGUUCCGCGGGCCCAACGGCGCCGCCGCCGGCGUGGGAGCACAGCACUCGCAGUGCUUCGGCGCCUGGUACAGCCACUGUCCCGGGCUUAAAGUGCUCAUGCCCUACUCCUCGGAAGAUGCUAAAGGUCUGAUGAAAGCAGCCAUCAGGGAAAACGACCCCGUGGUGGUGUUAGAAGAUGAGAUCCUGUACGGCAUUCCAUUCCCCAUGUCUGACGAGGCACUGUCGUCAGACUUCGUGCUUCCCAUCGGCAAAGCGAAAAUCGAGCGCGAAGGCAAGCAUAUUACAGUCGUGUGCGCCGGCCGCGCCACCGACACCGCGCUACAAGCCGCCAACGAACUCGCGGGGAAAGGCAUCGAGUGCGAGGUGAUCAACCUGCGGUCGCUGCGGCCUCUUGACUUCGACACCAUCGCGCGUUCCAUCGCCAAGACGCACCACCUCGUCACCGUCGAGCAGGGCUGGCCGCAGUCUGGCAUCGGCGCGGAGAUCUGUGCGCGCGUGAUGGAGUCGUCUGCCUUCUUCGAGCUCGACGCGCCCGUGUGGCGCGUGACUGGAGCCGACGUGCCCAUGCCCUACGCGCGCUCGCUCGAAGCGCUCGCCCUGCCGCGGCCUGCUGACGUCACCGCCGCCGCCGCCGCCGUGCUCAGCAACAAAAUAAGCGAAGCAGCGAGUCAGUAGUGAAGGAGAAUCUCUAGCCAAUACAAGCGCAAAGUUAUCAUGUGCACACUAUACAUAGAACAGUAGGCCCGCUUCUAUCAUAAAGUACGUGACAACUUAGGCCGAGUUGCAUCAUCUUACUUUUAACAAGCGUCAAAAUCUGUCAAACUACAUACAUAAACCACCGGCUACUUAUCAUUAAAGUUAGGCCCAGAACAUACGGUGAAACGCAACUGCAACGAAACUGCAACUGCUAGUUACUUUUGAGUUGCAUCUAAGUUUCUGACAUAGCGUCCGUUGAGAGACCACACAUCGUCGCUUGCCUCUCUAACUGACGUAACUGACAUUUUGCAAAAUUUUCCGGUGAUUAGACAGAUCGAUUCGUCUUUCGAAAUUGAUUAAGAUGGUGUAGAUGUAGAUAACUAGCAGUUGCAGUUCCGUUGCAGUUGCGUUUCACCGUCUGUUCUGGGCCUUACAGUUAAAGUUUAUAAAUGGUGUAACUCAACCUUUUAGAAGUGCUGGUGAAACCUAUUUCGCUAUACACCUUGUACGCCGCGGCUGUCGCGUAUUUUAUGUUAUCUAACACAUCGAACAAAAUAUACCCGUAUAAGUACAAGUAUCCUACACAACACUGCCUCAAAAGUCUAAAUACAUUAUGCCUACUUCUGUUUAAAAAUGACUCUAAAAAUCAUCAUUCACUAAAGUGACCACGAAACCGUCCUCCCUUCUACUUUUUUCCGCUUGAAUGUUUGUAAAUACGUCAUGACUGUGUUUACGAGCACAUGGAAUUAAUAAUAAUCAUUUUGAUUUGAGAAUGAAAGAAUCUACUAGAGGGGUUAACGAAUCAUGGUUACUCAAACGAGCGGACCUUCUACGUUUUUCUAUGUUGUGUAAACUUAAGACAUUGUAAAUAUUUCCAUUUACCGCGUGUCUGAACCGCCGUGGGGGGCAAGAGACAUGGUAAUAUCUUGGUUUGGUAAAAUUCCACUCAAAAGCCGACUUAAGAUUUAUAAUAUCAAAGUUCAGAUUUGCUUGUAAAUAAUGAUAAAUCAACUUGAAACACACCUCGUCUGCUUCUUUGAAAAAUCAGAUGUUGAUUUUUUUUACUUAUUUAGAUAGUUAAGUUCUUGAGGAGAAUAAAUAGCAAGAGAUUACUAUUAUAUUUAACAUGCCAUGUUAUUAAGUUUUAUAAUAUUUGAUUAUUUAUUUUUAUACCAUUUGAGUGGACUUUUAUAACUACAAAGGCAUUAUUAUAUCGCUUGUGCGCGGUGCUUAAAUGUGAUGUUAUAUUUGAAGCAAUCGUACAUUAUCUGUGCGCUGUUAGAUUAUUAUUUAUUAUUAAAAUUAAAUAAAUUUAUUAAAAA